CCAUCGCUGUGGUUGCGGUCAGCUCCUCUACGCGCUUUCGCCCUGCUCCGCCGUCUGCAUUACGCCUGCCGCUGACGACCUGUAGAUUCGUAGAAGUGUUAUCGCGGGAGUGAAAUAGUCCUACGGGCGCUGGAAUUCUACCUUCGGGCUUGAAACGGCGUUCUGUGGCAUGACGAUCGUGCAUUUCGUCCUCCGUUGCUGCGCAGAAGAGUUCCGUCCUCACUGUUGACAUACGAAAUUUCUCAGCGCACUGAGGAUGUCUCUGGGGGCUGCCACCGCCGAGGACGUUGCGUUUGUGCGCAAACAGCUGGGGACGACAGAGCAGAGCAUACAGCAGGCUGUCUCGUCUCUACGGAACUGGCUCAACCUGCAACCACACUUGCCGAAGAAUAUAGAUGAUCGGCGUCUGGAGAGAAUGUUCAUCAACUGCAAAUGCAGCAUGGAACGCGUGAAAACGUCGUUGGACGCCUACUUUUCCUUAAAGAAGAAAUUUCCAGAGCUUCUGAUGAACCGAGAUCCCGAGGACGCUGACAUAAAAAAAGCCAAAGAUUUCAUCAAGACGUUCUCGACGUCGCCGCUCACUGCCGACGGCCUGCGCGUGACGUGCACGUUGGACGUGGCGGCGGACCCCCAGUGCUUCGACCCGCUGCUCUGCUACAAGCUCAUCCUCAUGUGGACCGAGGUCCUGCUCGCCGAGGACUACUCGCUCGGCGACAUCAUCAUUCUCGAUCUCAAGGACUUCACCGCCUCACACGUGCUCAAGACCAGCGUGAGCCUCGUUCGCAGCGUCGAAAUUAUAUUCAAGGAAGCCUACUGCCGGAGAAUAAAAGCUGUACAUCUUGUGAACUCACCAAAGGUGUUAGACGCAAUUCUCAACAUAGCUAAGGCCGCUCUCUCGGAUAAGUUGAAACAGAGGGUGGUUACUCAUCUACCAGGCACGGAAACACUUUUCGACUAUGUUCCACGGGAGCUUGUACCAGAUGAACUCGGAGGAUCCGCUGGACCUGCUGAAAAACUUUAUGAUGCCGCCUGGAAGAAAGUGUCGUCAUACCGAGCGUUCUUCCUGGAGCAGGACAAUUACGUCACGGACGAGAGCCGCCGGCCACCGGGCAGCAGGAACAUGAGCGACCUCUACGGCGUCGAGGGAUCCUUCCGGAAGCUCGCCAUCGACUAACCUAACGGGUCUGUCCACCGCCUCGAGGCCAGGCGGCGCUGCGUCAGCCGCUGAGCGCCGGACUACAACGGGGUCACGGUCGCCGGCAGUGCCUAUUCACCUGCCAGCCAGCCGUACACAACUAUUCUGCCAAGUGUUGCAUCCCGUAUAUUUUGUGAACUGUUCAAGAUAUCGAAACGAUGUUUCGUCAAGUAUCAGGCGAGAGAGGCAUGUUGUUUUAUCGAUCGAGGUACUGAGACAAGAACGACAGGCUUUUUCGACGGCAAUCGAGAGCUUUUGAAAAGACAACUAUGGUAAUGCAGUGCAUGUAAGCCUUCUAUAAACAUUUAUCCAUAAAUGAAAAUACUGAUUUUACUACUUUUUCUUCUAGGAAAGCUUCCUUCUAGGGUAAAGUGUAAUUUAGAUACCGUGUUCAACUGCUGAGCGAUACCGGCUAUUGGUUGGUAUUGUGUUGCGCAUAUCGACAGUGUAGCGAAACAAAACUUACUGAAAUACUGAAUUUUAAAUAUGGAAAACUAAUCUACCUAAAGGCCAAAAGUAACUAUUUGUUUACUCAGUGAAAACUGUUAAGCUGAAACUCAACACUGAAGUACACUAUGAAAGUUGUUGACAGGAAGUGCAAUUUCUGAAUUGAAUGACCACAAAAAUAAAAUGCUGCCCUGGCCAGAAGAAAA